UGGCCGAGCGCCGCUAUAUAUAGGUGUCACGUGGGGGCGGCCUCCUUUUCGGCCCCGAGCCCGCACGGCCUCCACGCGGCGUUGUCAGAGUUCCCUGUCGUCGCUUCCAAAGGGAAACCCCACAAUGUCCGGAGGCCUGGAUGUCCUGCAGAUGAAGGAGGAGGAUGUCCUCAAAUUCCUCGCUGCCGGGACCCACCUGGGAGGCACCAACCUGGACUUCCAGAUGGAGCAGUACAUCUACAAAAGGAAGAGCGAUGGUAUUUACAUCAUCAAUCUCAAGAGGACUUGGGAGAAGCUGCUGCUGGCAGCCCGUGCCAUCGUUGCCAUUGAGAACCCAGCUGAUGUGAGCGUCAUUUCUUCCAGAAACACUGGACAGCGUGCUGUUCUGAAGUUCGCCGCAGCCACCGGAGCCACUCCCAUUGCUGGCCGCUUCACCCCGGGCACCUUCACCAACCAGAUCCAGGCAGCUUUCCGUGAGCCACGGCUCCUGGUCGUUACAGACCCCCGGGCUGAUCACCAGCCCCUGACCGAGGCGUCUUACGUCAACAUCCCCACCAUCGCGCUCUGCAACACCGACUCCCCGCUGCGCUACGUGGACAUCGCCAUCCCCUGCAACAACAAGGGAGCCCACUCGGUGGGUCUGAUGUGGUGGAUGUUGGCUCGGGAGGUGCUGCGCAUGCGAGGCACCAUCUCCCGCGAGCACCCGUGGGAGGUCAUGCCCGACUUGUACUUCUACAGGGAUCCUGAGGAGAUUGAAAAGGAGGAGCAGGCUGCUGCUGAGAAAGCAGUUACCAAGGAGGAGUUCCAGACGGAAUGGACAGCCCCAGCUCCUGAAUUCACAGCUCCUCCUCAGCCCGAGGUGGCGGAUUGGUCUGAGGGAGUGCAGGUCCCCUCUGUGCCCAUCCAGCAGUUCCCCACAGAGGACUGGAGUGCCCAGCCUGCCACUGAGGACUGGUCAGCUGCCCCCACUGCCCAGGCUACCGAGUGGGUUGGUACUACCACAGAGUGGUCUUAACUUCAGUCCAGCUGCACUGGGAGAGAAAUAAAGAGUGGUUUAUACACAG